CAAAACGAUUGGCGAAUGUUGCAACGCCGCUUUUUUUUCUUUGCAACGCUCACCGCCAAAAUGGCUGGAGAAUGUUGCAACGCUCUUUUGUUUUCUUUGCAACGCUCACCGCCAAAGUGACUGGCGAAUGUUGCAACGCCGCUUUUUUUUCUUUGCAACGCACACCGCCAAAAUGCCUGGCGAAUAUUGCAACGCCAUUUUUUGAUUUAAUUUUAGUGACUUUGCGCCUUGCAGAGCGGUUGCUAAUGACGACACUUGUCCAAGCAUUUGUGAGGAUGUCUGACAAUUCCUAGAAGUCGCUUAGCCUCAAGCUAUUAGAAGCUUUAACUGAUCCGAGCCAUUACAGUUUCCUCCUUGAGAAACUUGUUGUGUUUCACUUUACCUUUGACCACUGACAAAAAAUUGCUUGAUUGGAUUGAAUUCAGGAGAACAAGAAGGCAAGUAAGGGCAGCGGUUACCCACGAGAUUCUGCUUGUAAGACAUUAAUUAUUAACGCAGAGGUAAGCAAUGCCCUGUU